AUGCCCGACGGAAUUUUCAUUCAAGAUGGCUGGUAUGUAGGCGAAGAAGACCCCAACGACCACGAUAACCCCUGGUACGUCAACGUCUUUUUCAAAGACAACGAUAUGCGCAAGAGCGACGAGGCACUCAUGGAGAAGCUUGCGAGGAAGCUUUGGAACAGAGAAGCCACUAUCACAACUGAAUGUCUGCAUCAUACCCGCUCGCACUGUAUCUCGCUGUUGAUCGAUCAUGACGGCACUGAUACGGAAAAGUUGAACAUCGCCUAUCUGUUGACCAAGAAGAUCCAGGAGACUGUCUAUGCAGGAAAGACUACUAUCAGUCGGAACAAGCUUUUCCGGGGAGAGGGGCUUGGUAUUGAUGGGUUUGAAUAUGCGGGCUCUCAGGUGGAUUAUCGUUGA